AUGGGCGACCUAAAUGCUAAAAUAGGGAAAGAAAGGGUAUACCAGAACGUGGCAGGAAUGCAUAGCCUCCAUGAGCACUCGAAUGAUAAUGGCUCUAGACUAGCAAAUUUUGCAUCAGGAAAAGGUUUAAUAAUCAAGAGUACAAUGCUCCCACGCAAAGAUAUAUAUAAAUAUACUUGGGUGUCUCCGGAUGGAAGGCACAAGAACCAGAUUGAUCAUGUACUGAUUAACAACAGGUUUAGAAAUAGUAUAACUAAUGUAAGGACAUUAAGAGGAGCCGACGCAGAUUCUGACCAUCUUCUAGUAGGUAUUUGGAUAAGAGUUAAAUUCAAGAAACGAUACAGACACAAUUUAAAUACUAUAGAUAGAUACGAUAUUGAGAAAUUAGAGGAAGUUAAUAUACAGAAAGAUUAUGGCAGAAAAAUCGGCGAAACUCUCAAAGUACAGCAAAUAACAAACACAGACGAUGUGAAUGAUGUGUGGAUCAAAAUUAGAAACACUGUACAACUGACUGCAAAAACAAUAAUAGGAAUAAAGGAAAAGAGGAAAAAACCCUGGUUUAACCAAAUAUGCGAAGACGCAGUACAGAGGAGAAAAAUAGCCCGGGAGGAAUGUCUGAAGGACACUAACAAUGAAGAAAGGACUGCAGAUUUCAGUAGACGAAGGAAAGAAGCUCACAAUAUAAUAAGAGGCGAAAAAAGAAAAUAUAUCCAAAACAUUAUGAAAGACGCUGAACAAGACUUUAGACUAAAUAGAACCCGAGAUAUGUAUAAGAGAAUAAAUGGCAUAAAAGGAGAUUUUAAAAAGAAAGAACGUUUUCUCAAAGAUGAUGAUGGAAUGUUAAUAACUACAGAAAAAGAAAUAGCUGAGCAAUGGAGAAAGUAUUUCGACGGACUAUUAAACUGUGAGGAACCAACCGAAAAGUUCCCCUUUAAUAUUGAGAACAUAAAUACGCAAGAAUGCCCGUACCCUACANCCAGAUGAUUGGAAAGUGGCGGUAGUAUGUCCAAUUCACAAAAAAGGAGACAAACAAGAUUGCAACAACUACCGCGGAAUAUCCUUGCUUAAUGUAGUGUAUAAAAUAUUCUCGAAUUGUGUUUUAGACAGGAUAAAAGAAAAAGCGGAUCAAAUAAUAGGACACUAUCAAGGAGGGUUUAGAACUGACAGAUCCACGACGGACCAGAUAUUCAUAAUUAGGCAAUUGUAUCAAAAAUCUUGGGAAUUUGAUAAAGAGGUUCACACACUUUUCGUGGACUUUAAAAAAGCGUAUGAUAGUAUCCAUAGAGAGAGUCUAUUGAAUAUUAUGAAAGAAUUUCAUUUUCCACAAAAGCUGGUCAAUUUAGUAUCUAUCAGCGUCAUGGAGACCUUGAUAAGGAUUCAGAUAGGAAAUUUAGUAACUGAACCGACAACAGUGAACUCGGGGCUAAGACAAGGUGAUUCGCUAUCGCCGAUUCUGUUCAACGUGGUUUUGGAAAAGGUUAUUAGAGAAAUGAAAAUUGGUUCUAACGAGGGUAUUAGAUUACAAGACACGUCGAUAGGUCUACUUGCUUAUGCUGACGAUAUAGUAUUGAUGGAAGAGUCUCAGGAUAGAUUGAAGAUUUUAUUCAGUAGAUUGCAUAAAGCAGCAUCAAAAGUAGGACUAUGUGUAAAUGAAGAAAAAACGGAGUAUAUGUUUUUGAGUAGACGGGGACUACCUUUUUGGCAAUCCAUAAAAAUAGAUCAAUAUGAAUUUAAAAGGGUAGAACAGUUCAAAUACCUAGGGUCUAUUUUGUCUGAGAAAAAUAAUGUAGCAAUCGAGGUAGCAGCAAGAAUCCAAGCUGGGAAUAAAUGUUACUAUGGACUGACUAAGGUACUAAGCUCACGAGUAGUGUCGCGAAGAAUGAAAGAACAAUUAUAUACGUCCUUAAUACGACCGGUUGUAGUGUAUGGAUCAGAAACAUGGCCACUCAGAAAAAUGGAUGAGCAUAGAUUCAUGGUCUUUGAAAGAAAAGUGUUGCGGAAAAUAUAUGGCCCGGUCAAAGAUGAAAUAACUGGUGAGUGGAGACGAAGAAAGAACUUAGAGCUGGAAACACUAUACAGCAGUUCAGAUAUUUUGGAGGUCAUCAGAGGCAGAAGACUACGGUGGGCUGGCCAUGCUUGGAGGAGCCAAAAUCCACUAUUACAUGCUGUGAUUGAACAAAACCCUGUAGGUAAAAGACCUCUGGGGAGACCAAAAAUGCGAUGGGAAGACAAUAUAAAAAAGGAUGUUGAACAUUUAGGAGGCUGUGCUAAUUGGAGAAAUCUGGCAUUAGAUAGAGAAGGAUGGAAGCUUGGUUGUGAGACGGGAUGGUCUUAA